AUGGCUGGACUUUUCCGCUUACUCAAAAUGCAGUAUACACCCCCAACAGACCCUCUCACCUCGUUCGCUGGCAAAACAGUACUGUUGACGGGCGCAACCUCGGGUUUGGGGUAUGAAGCUGCCAUCAAGCUCCUCAAUCUCGGCGUAGACUCUCUGAUCAUCGGGAGCCGCAGCUUGGAACGUGGCAACAAGGCGAAGCUCGAGCUUGAGAAAUGCACCAAUCGCCCCGAUACGAUCCAAAUCUGGGAGCUCGAGAUGAACAGCUUCCAAAGUGUGAAAAGCUUCGCCAAUCGCGCCAACAGUGAGCUCAAGCGGCUGGAUGUCGCACUGCUGAAUGCUGGGUUGUGGAAUCGCGAGUACACACAGUCACCUGAGAAGUGGGAGGAGACUUUACAGGUCAACACGUUGUCAACGUCAUUACUGGCGCUGUUGCUUCUUCCCAAGUUGAGAGCGAGCUCCUCCGAGACUGAGCCGACGCAUCUCGGUGUUGUGUCUAGUCAACAAUUUGUGCGUGUGAAAGCCGAAAGUCUUCGAACGGAAAGGCCAUUGCUGGAGCACCUCAAUUCUCCAGAUCAGUUCCACGGGCCGAAACAGUACGGCAUCUCGAAACUGCUCUUGGAAUACGUGAUGAAGAAUGUCGCCAAUCUUGUUCGCAAUGAUGACGGGACAUUGCCCGUUAUCGUCAAUACCAUUAGCCCUGGGCUCUGCCGGUCAUCUCUCGGGCGACAAUAUGACCGUUUCUACGAGCGAUGGCUAGUCUGGAUCAUGUACAAGCUUUUUGCACGAACGACUGAACAGGGCAGUCGCCUGUUGGUCAGCGGGGUGCUUCAGGGUGCAGAAGCACAAGGCAAAUGUUGGCGGAACGAUGGAUACCUUGAUGAAUCCAAGGCCCUUACUACUGGACCCGAAGGGGGAGAAUUCCAAAUCAAGGCGUGGGAUGAGAUUCUAUCUGUGCUGGAGGCGCAGGCAGCCGAAGUACGGACAAUUAUCUAG